AUGAUGCUUCCUCGUUUGUUCAGCUUCCUGGCUGCCACCGCUGGCGUCGCCAGGGCUGUCAACAUCACCGGCUACGAGUAUGUCGUCGUUGGCUCCGGUGCUGGUGGUGGUCCCUUGGCAGCACGCCUCGCUCUGGCUGGCCACAAGACUCUGCUACUCGAAGCUGGUGAUGACCAGGGUCAAACCUACAACUAUAGCAUCCCUGCCUACUCAGCUAGAGCUUCGGAGGACGAGAAACUCGCAUGGAACUUUUUCGUUCAUCACUAUGCCGAUGAUGAACGCCAAGCUCGCGAUUUCAAGACGAGCUACGAAACACCUAGUGGCGAAAUAUACACCGGUCUGAAUCCUCCUGAAGGCUCAACUUUACUGGGAACCCUCUAUCCUCGCACAGGUACACUCGGAGGAUGCACAGCACACAAUGCUUUGAUUGCUGUCUACCCCCACCAAUCUGACUUUGAAUACAUCUCCACUUUGACUGGCGACAGCUCGUGGUCACCGGAGAACAUGCGCGGAUACUUUGAAAAGCUGGAGAGAAACAAAUACUUGCUGCCUGGCUUGGAGGGUCACGGUUACGAUGGCUGGCUCCAGACCGAGACAGCUCCCCUGAGCCUCGUUCUAAAGGACCCCCAGUUGCUCAGCAUGCUGACCGGCGGUGCUUUUGCUCUUGGCAACUGGACCGACAAUAUCUACAACAUUGGGACACUGCUAGCUGGCGACGCCAAUGCUGACAGAACAACUCGUGAUACCGUACCGGGCUACUACCAAAUCCCCGUAUCAACCGAUGAUGCUCACCGAAACGGUGCUCGUGAGUUUAUUAUCGCCGUACGAGAUGCCAAAAAUGCCGAUGGCUCCAAGAAAUACCCUCUUGAUGUUCGCAUGAACACUCACGUUACCAAAGUUACCUUCGACGAGACCCAAGAUCCACCCCGUGCCGCUGGCGUCGAAUUCCUUGAUGGCAAGCAUCUCUACAAGGCUAGCCCCCUGUCCAAUACCGCCUCUGCCGGCAUUCCGGGUGCUGCUACCGCUUCUCGUGAGGUUAUUGUUGCUGGUGGCGUCUACAACUCCCCCCAGAUCCUCAAGUUGAGUGGUAUUGGUCCCGCCGACGAGCUGGAGAAGUUCGGUAUCAAGGUUAUCAAGGACUUGCCCGGUGUCGGCACCAACCUGCAGGACCACUACGAGAUCUCCGUCCAGGGGAGAAUUGAGAACGACUUCUCUUGCCUGGACGGAUGCACCUUCGGCAUCCGCGGCGAGGAAGAUCCCUGCAUCGACCGAUGGGAAUCUCCCAUCCUUGGUGACCGCGGCAUUUACUCGUCCCCAGGCCUCGCCGCCACCAUGUAUUACAAGAGCUCCGUUACUGCUGACAACAGCUUCGACAUCUUCUGCUUCGGGGGCCCAGUCAACUUCCGCGGCUACUUCCCCGACUACAGCAUCAACGCCACCGACGAACACAAUUGGUUCACUUGGGCUAUCCUGAAGGCUCAUCCCCGCAACACCGCUGGCACCGUGACACUGCAGUCCUCUAAUCCCCUCGACGUCCCAAAGAUCACCUUCAACUACUUUGACACCGGUGUUGGCGAUUACGACGCUGAUCUCACUGCACUCUACGAAGCCGUCGAGCUCGCCCGUGACGCCUUCCAUCGCCAGCCAAUCAACGUCACCGAGGUUCUUCCCGGCGCGGCCGUGACUUCCAAGGAAGACAUUGAGACCUACGUCAAGGACAGCGCAUGGGGUCACCACGCUUCGUGUACCUGCCCUAUCGGUGCCGACGAUGAUCCCAUGGCCGUGCUGGACUCCAAGUUCCGUGUUCGUGGCGUCUCUGGUCUCCGUGUUGUUGAUGCUUCCGUUUACCCGAAGAUUCCUGGUACUUUCACAGCUGUGUCGACCUACAUGGUUGCUGAGAAGGCAGCUGAUGAUAUCCUGACUGAGCUCGCUGCUGCUAGCUCUUGA